AUGGAUAAAGAAAAAGUGAGAGUAUCUGAGAUCGUUAAACUCUCGGUGCUGCCAAGGGCGGUCUUGUUCUUGGCAGCCAGUGGUGCGAAGGAGGUCAUUAAGCAAGGAGGAGUAGCAAAACCCACCGACUUGAUGGGCAAGAUUCUAUAUAAGAAAAGGGCUAGAAAUUUAGGUUUCCUAAGUUUGUCUCCUUUGGGAUGCUUGCCAACUCUUAGAGCACAGAAUCAGGAAGCUGGCAAUGGUGGUUAUUUUGAAGCAGCUUCUGGACUUGCUCUAGCACACAAUAAUGCUUUGAGCAGUAUUCUCACAAGCCUUGACCACAUACUUAAAGGGUUUAAGUACUUUCAUUCUAAUUUCUAUGAUUGGCUUCAAGAUAGAAUAAAAACCCUGCAAAUUAUGACCAAUUCAAUUUUAAUUUUCGUUGAAGGUUUUAAGGAAGGAAUUAAUGCUUGUUGUGGGAUUGGCCGAUAUGAGGGCAUUUUUACUUGUGGGGGCACCAAGAAAGUUAAAGAGUAUGAUUUAUGUGACAAUAGUGGUGAGUAUGUAUGGUGGGAUUCUUUCCACCCAACAUAG